GGGAAGGAACCCGGGCGCCUGCGCCGCCGACGUUGCCGGAAGGCCGCGGGCUUGGGGGGCGGCGGCGCCGGGCGAGGCGGGGGUCGCGCCGUGGGCCGGGCAGCAGCGAAAUGCUGCCAACCACCUCAGUUAGUUCCCGGAGCCAGGGCAAUGGUGUGCUGAGCCCCAGGGAUGCCGCAAGGCACACAGCCGGAGCGAAGCGCUACAAGUACCUGCGGAGGCUCUUCCACUUCCGACAGAUGGACUUCGAGUUUGCUCUUUGGCAGAUGCUUUACCUGUUCACUUCACCGCAGAGGGUUUAUAGAAACUUCCACUACAGAAAACAGACAAAGGACCAAUGGGCAAGAGAUGAUCCCGCUUUCUUAGUACUUCUCAGUAUCUGGCUCUGCGUAUCUACUGUAGGAUUUGGAUUUGUGCUGGACAUGGGGUUUUUUGAAACAAUAAAGCUGCUACUUUGGGUUGUAUUCAUCGACUGCGUAGGUGUUGGCCUCCUGAUUGCAACUCUGAUGUGGUUCAUUUCUAAUAAGUACUUGGUGAAGCAGCAAAACAGAGACUACGAUGUGGAGUGGGGAUAUGCCUUUGAUGUGCAUCUGAACGCUUUCUAUCCACUCCUAGUCAUUUUGCAUUUUAUCCAGCUGUUUUUCAUCAACUAUGUCAUCAUAUCCGAUUCUGUCAUCGGGUAUUUUGUUGGGAAUACAUUAUGGCUGAUUGCAAUUGGCUACUACAUCUAUGUGACAUUCCUAGGAUACAGUGCAUUGCCCUUUUUGAAGAACACAGCUAUUCUUUUGUAUCCAUUCACCCUUCUCAUCAUGCUCUACUUGAUCUCCUUGGCGUGUGGAUGGAACUUCACCAAAAUGCUUUGUUCCUUCUAUAAGUACAGAGUGAAAUAAAACCAGGACUUCAUGUAUCUAAUGUUUAUUUUGGUUUAUCUUGGCUGUCUUGACAGUAAAGAAAAGAGCAUUUUGUAAAUGGUUGUAAAUUUCUCUUUAUUGUAGAUAAUUGUGUAAAAAAGUUUGAAGUGUCCUUUUUUUUUAUUAAAAUAUUUACAACAGUAAACAUGUUAGCAAUUUGUCCAAAUACUUUUGCAGUACAUUCCUAAAACCAAGUUACUUGUACAUCUCUGUAGCUUAAAUUUAACUGCACCAAGUCUAUUUAGCAUAACUCUUACUGCAGCUAUUUUGCACAUACUGGCAUAAGCUUUACAUUAUGAGGGUUUUAAGUGACACCAAAAAGCAGUUUUAUUGAAGAAUAAUAUUGGAAUACCUUGCCUUGGGAUUGGGUGAACGUAUGGAUCUCUGUAGUAUUGCAAUGGUAAAGCAACAGCUGUCUCUAGAUAUGAAACUGUCCCCUCCUUUCAUAAAAGAACUUGAGAACAGGUUUAUUUUUGUGACUACUUCAAAUACGCAUGGACAACUCUGGCACACAGAAGAAACAGUGAUGAAAGGCACAAUUAACAUGACCCCUAUCAGGUUUCCAAAUAUAGCAGCAAGUUUUUAAACCAAUCUCUAUUCUAACAUCCACCCUUACACGUGGCAGGUCAGUGAGCACAGAAGGAAAGUACAAGUUUCAUUUGGCUACAAGGGUGGGCUCAUGGCAAUGCCUGCAGCUAUAAGGGCCACAAGGCAGGGGUAUAAACCAACCAUCUCGAAUGCUACCUUCUGGAAAAGGGAGAUGACAACUUUCCAAAGCAGUGUUCAGUAUGAAACAUGAGCACUAGGAUUCAGUUUCCAGAACAACACAAGAAUAAACUGGUUACAGUAAGACAUUUCAAUACUAGAAUUUGAUCUUUAAGGAAAGACUAUAUUUAUCUUAGAAUACCAAAUACGCUGGCAGUGCAUCUUACAGUACUCUGUGUUUCAGCCACUGUUAAGGCUUGAAGAGAAUCAUGUUCUCCUCUCAGCGGAUGCUGAGCAACAUUCCCGUUUUAACAACGAAAGCACUGAUCCAUGGAAGGCAAAGGAUUCCAUUUAGGACCUGCUCUCACCCCGACUACUGGCACAAGCUCCUGGCCUGCAGGCAGCUGCAGCCCAACUGUACACCUUUUCCCUAACAGGAAUUCAGCACCAGUGAUCACCCAGUUCACUUCAGCAGUGAAAAUACUUCAUACAUAAUGCCCCAUGGUGCAAUGUCAGUGAAAUCAAUGAAGGACUUGGGGCUUGUGUACCUUCCCUUUAGGGAUAUCAAAGUUUGUCCUCUUGAAGAAAGACUUCAUCGGUCUCAAAAUUAAGCUACUUCAAAAGUUCCAGCAGCUCACUGUUUACAGCAGAAAUCAGCAAAACCCUUAAGAGGCCACUAAGGUAAGAAAAGUGACGCUCAAAGACCAAUUUCUUACAUCAACAAUCAAUGCUAGCCUGAAAACACCAGUUAUUUGAUUAAUAGCCUUUUAGCAUUAUGCUGGUGAUUGACAGCAAAGAAUGAUUUAAAAACACAAGGGCUUUUUCCCCUUUCUACUACAGUUACUCGCUUUAGCUUUUUCAGAAUACAUAGUUCCUACUAAGAACAAAUGUAGAACUUGGGGUUAAUUUAUUUCAGGGGGUCAAGGUUUGUUCUCCCCACCUGAAGACUAAAAUAGUAUUGUCCAAGUUGGAAGCAAACUACAAAUUACUACAACACUUCAUCUGGAGCAAAUAUUUCCAACAAAACCCAGAGAUUACUGAAAAGAUAAUACACUUA